ACUUCCCCAACUUUCAUCACUCGUAAUUAAUUAGCAUUUCACACACUAAUUAAGCAUCAUAUCCCAAACCCUAAUCGUUGUGAUAUUCCUAGUUGUGUGAAAUGGCUUCCAAGGGCACAGUUGCAUCCACUUAUGUUGCUCUAUUCCUAUGUCUCAACAUGCUUUCCUACACUAUGGUGAGCUCCACCUACAAUAUCCCUGUAAUCCCUGAUCCAUCAGUGCCUUAUCAAAAGGGUACCUGCCCUAUAGAUGCACUUAAGUUGGGUGUGUGUGCCAAUGUGUUGAACUUGGUCAAUGUUAAAUUAGGGUCACCACCAACCCUCCCAUGCUGCAACCUAAUUAAAGGUCUUGCUGAUCUUGAAGUUGCUGCAUGCCUUUGCACUGCCCUAAAGGCUAACGUCCUUGGCAUCAACCUCAACGUCCCAAUCUCCUUGAGCGUAAUUCUCAACAACUGUGGAAGGAAUAACGCUGGCUUCCAGUGCCCUUAAAUUUUUCAUUGCUACAUAUCCACAUAGCCCACAUGUUGUUGGUCUUUUUCAUGCAUAUUUUGUAUCUCUUUAUGGUUAAUUUUCUUUUUACAUCAAUUCAUGUUGUGUUGCAUGUAUUAUUAUUUUUUGGCGUUUGCCAUCCUAAUUUCUCACUCUUUCAAGAUUGUUCUACUAUUGGAAACGGAGGGUUACUCAUCAUCCUCGUCAGCAUCUUUGAUUUCAUGUGUAGGAGCUGUUGUACCAAUAAAAUUACGUGAUUCUUAUUAAUUUCCAGAAGUCAUUUGUCAUUUUUAAAAAA